AUGUCAGACCGCGAGGACAGUGUCGAGGGCGAGCCACCAUCAAUCGACCCAUAUGAGGUUCUCGCGCUAGAACGCACCGCGACAGCUGACGACGUCAAGAAAGCCUAUCGCAAAGCUGCUCUGAAGCACCAUCCAGACAAGGUCGCAGAUUCCGAGCGCGCAAAGGCCCACGAAACCUUCCAGGCCGUCGCAUUUGCGUACGCUGUGCUGUCAGACCCUGCCCGUAGGAAGCGAUACGACACGACCGGCUCCACGGCCGAGUCCAUUGUAGACUCGGAAGGCUUUAAUUGGAGCGAGUUCUACCGCGAGCAGUUCAAGGACGCCAUAUCGACCGAUGCGAUUGAGAAGUUUGCAGAAAAGUACAAGGGCUCCGAUGAGGAAAAGGACGAUGUGCUGGUCGCCUACGAGCAGUGCGCGGGCGACAUGGACGCCCUCUUUGAGCACGUCAUCCUCAGCAGCGUCGUAGACGAUGAGGAGCGCUUCCGCGUAAUCAUCGACGAGGCGAUCGAGAAGGACGACGUGCCCGCCUUCAAAGCCUACACAAAGGAACCUAAGCUGAAGCGGGCCGCCCGUCUCAAGCGCGCACGCAGCGAGGCUGCCGAGGCCGAGGACUACGCAAAGGAGCUGGGCGUCCAUGAUCAAAUUUUCGGCGACAAGAAGAGCAAGAAGAAGGGCAAGGCCGGCUCGGAAGAUGCCCUGGCGGCUCUGAUCCAGCGGAGACAGCAGGAUCGCUCAGAGAACUUUUUUGACCACCUGGAGGCCAAGUAUGCGGCCCCUAGCAGAGGAAAGAAGGGCAAGAAGAGAGUAGUAGAAGAUGAGCCCUCUGAGGAAGCUUUUCAGGCCGCCGCCGCCAAGCUCAAGAAUGGCUCUAAGAAGCGUCGCAGUUAA